AUGACUUCCAUAAAAAGAAAUUAGAGGAAAUAAACUAAUAGGUAACUGGCUCACAAUUAAAUUUAGUACCCAAAAUUGGACGAUCAGAAUGUGAUGAAGAAAUUGAAGGAGAAGCAUAAUAUGAUAAAAACAGUUUCAAAAUUUUAUAAUUAAGAAGCUUUUAUUGAAUAAUAAAGAGUCAAUUAGCAUCUAAUUUAGAAAAUAAUGCAGCCUCAAACAAGUAAAACGCGAUCUUAGCAUAAUCAAUCAAGAAAAGAAUUUGCUAAAAUAAAUUUUGACACCAAGCGAAUUAGUGAGGAAAAUCGUAGUUUAGCUAAUAGAAUUACUAAUUUACCUCCUGUUAUUGAUGCUAAAAAGCAAGACAUGGAGUACCGAAAGCAUUAAAGUGAGGUUGUUUUAUUGCAGAAAUAUCACACAACAAAGCUUAUUGAACAAUAUGAUCAAAAAACUAUCAAUAUCUUUAAUAAGUUGACAAGUAAUAAAUUCAGCAAGAGCAAGUUUGCCAAUUUUAAAUUCUUAUCCACUAUAAACAAACAAACAAAAUUUAUGAUGGUUCUAAUAUCAGAAAUGGAACUGUAUGGAGUCAAACACUCUUCCUCAUUGAUGAAUAAGAAUCCUCCCACUUAUUAAUGCUCUAUAUUUUCAGAUUAAAAAUGUUUGUUCAAAAGUAAACCAUUAGAAUAUAAUGAAUUCUUGGAAAACAUUAUUGGAUUCAAUUGCUAGGAUUUUACAUCUAUCUAUAUGGUCAUAGAAAAGAUUAAAUAAAAUGAAGAAUUUUAAGUAGGAGAUGUAAUAUAUUGUGAGAGUUACUCACAUAUGCACACUCAUCAUUUGAAGGAUAAUAUAAUUAUUAGGAUUUCAGAUGAAAUUGAUGGUGAAAUAAGAAAGAAUAUCUCAGAAGAACAAGUGAUCGUAGGGAAAUUGAAAUACAAAAUUCUAUAAUUGUGUCAAUAAAGUCAGGAGUAUAAGUUAUAAGUGCCUCCUGCAUCCUAUGCAAUCCAAAUUCAACACUCCACUCCCCAGCCUUCUGUCAAAGAACCUGAAGAAAUUCCUUCAUAAUAAUUAAUAUGA